AUGCAUCAAAAUCUUGGAUUUAUUCCGAUUGAAUAUUAUGAUUGCUUGGAAUUUGCCCUACUGCACAUUCGUGAGAAUUAUUUCCAUAUGAGUCGAUUUUCAAAAGAGAUUCGGGAUAAUCGUAAAUUUAAAUUGGCAGUUAUAAGGGAGAGACCUGCUGACAUUCUUUCAAUGAGUGAUUUGUUGAGUGAUAGGGAGGCAAUUCUGUUGGCCAUUUCACAACCUGGAUUUGGGUAUAUUUUGGAGAGGGCUAGUGUAGAGUUGAGACUCGAUUCAGAAUUGCAGAGAAUUGCCGAGCAGAAUGGAUCGAAACGUGACGAUUACAUGUUAUGGUGUGAGGCAUGGACAGAAUUGGAUAUUUAUGAACCAGAGGAGAGAAGAAUUGUGAGAAAGAUGCUUUCGAGGAAUGGUGAUUAUUUUGAAAUAUUACCUCACAUGCAUGGUGAUUGUGAAUUGGCCUUAAUUGCCAUUAAGGAUGAUCCAUCGGCAAUUUAUUUCAUUUCUGAUGAGUUGAAGAGGGACAAGGAUUUCAUUUUGAAAGCUAUUAAAAGUAGAGUUGGAAAGGGAUUGAAACAAAUGGACAAACUUCCAGAAUAUUGGGGAAAUGAUCGACAAGUUCUUUUGGAAAUUGGAAAACAAAAUUACCAUCUCUUACAAUUUGCAGAAUAUAAUUGGAGAGAGGAUGAUGAAUUUGUCAUGGAAAUGAUACGUGAAAAAACAAUUAUUUUGGAGGACAUACCUGAAAGAUUCAAAACUGAAAGACAUUUAGUAUUGGAACUUGUUAAAAAUUGUGGAAUUGCUUUGAGAGUAUUGAGUUCUGACAUGAGAAAUGACAGGGAAAUUGUUUUAGAGGCAAUUAAGAAUCUACCAAGUGCCUAUCAAUUUGCUUCUGAAAAUUUAAAGAAUGACAUUGAAAUUAUCAAGACAGCUCUCCAAUUAUCAAGUAUUGUUUUUCAUAUGAUCCCUUCACAUUUCAAGAAUGAAAAUGAAUUUGUUCUGAUGGCCCUCAAAUCUGGUUUGGAUUUUAAACAAGUUACCAUUGAAUGGAAUAGAGAUUUUGUUUUGCAAGUUUGUAAGAUUGGGAAAAUGCCCUUCUCUGCAAUUCCUUUGGAAUUCAUUUCAGAUUUUGAAAUUAUUGGAACAGUUAUUAAGAAUAUGAAUGGAAGAAACUUUAAAUAUGAAGAUUUACCAGAAUAUAUUCGAAACAAGAACAUUCUUCUCAAAUUGAUUGAAUUCAUUUCUCCCAAACUAAUCAUCUUUCUACCACCAGAAUUGAGUAAUGAUAUGGAAUUUCUCUUAGAAUAUGUAAAAUUCAAUGGUGAUUUCCUUUUAAAAAUUGAUCGUCCUCUCAUAACUGUCAAUUUUAUUACAAAUGUACUUGAGGUCAAUUGGCAAACAUUUCAAUACACUCUAUCCAAGAACAUCAUCCUUCCCUGA